UUUUGGAAGUAUAAUCCAUUACACAGCCAACCGUUCGAACUUUCAAUGGCGUCUUCGUCUUUCUCACCCUCCGCAAAUUGCUUCAGUUCCACAACUACACUAUCUGCAAUUAUUAGAGAUUGUAGUAAUCAAAAGCUCAACCUAAUUCACAACGGCUUCCAUGAUUAUUCUUCUCCUGCUCGAUUUCCUCAUCUAAUUCUCAAGGCUGCGAAGAAUGAUCGGAAUACCAAACCUAAUAGUGUGAUUUGUGGGGAUUGCGAUGGAAAUGGUGCUGUUGUAUGCUCACAAUGUAAAGGAAAGGGAGUUAAUGCCGUUGAUUUCUUCAAUGGACAGUUCAAAGCCGGUGAAUCUUGUUGGCUGUGUGGUGGGAGAAAAGAAAUGUUGUGUGGGAAUUGCAAUGGAGCUGGCUUCAUUGGAGGUUUCCUUAGCACUUAUGAUCAAUAAAAGUUGUAUAUAGUUCUAAUCAUACCACUUGUUAGUUCGUGUCAAAUAAGUACUUAAAAUUUUCAACUUUUCGUCUUGUGUAUAAUUGACUUAUAAAUUUCGAUAUAAAAAAAAAAUCAACUUCGCGCCAGAUAGGGGUCGAACCUACGACUUUCUGCUUAGGAAACAGACGCUCUAUCCACUGAGCUACAGGCGCUUUGUUUGAUUUAGUAAUGCAAUAUCCUAAAAUUAAUCAAUAAUUUUGAUAAUAGAUGGAAAUUCAAAAAACCA